AUUUGAUUGAUUUGUUGGCUUUUACGGACGACUGCCAUAGUUUCUCUGAAUAAAUGGGAAAUGAUCCUGCUCUAAACGUUUAUAAUUGUGUGAUAUUCUUGUGGGCUUAUUGAGAUUCGGUUGAUUACCAAGAUUUAAUUCCGUAAGACCUGGGAAAGACUCAAUUUCCCUUUCAAUAUGUCAGCACACGAGCAAAUGAGGGCAAUGUUAGACCAACUGAUGGGCACCGCUCGCAAUGGUGAAACCGACAGACAUGGUGUUAAAUUUUACGAUGAUGCUGUGUGCAAAUCGUUUUUAUUACAAUGUUGUCCGCAUGAAAUUUUGUCGUCCACGCGUAUGGAUUUAGGUGAGUGUCCUAAAAUACAUGAUUUGGCUCUCCGGGCGGAUUAUGAAUUAGCUUCAAAAACCAAAGACUAUUUCUAUGAUAUUGAUGCAACAGAACACUUAGAGGCAUUUAUAGCUGAUUGUGACCGCCGAACUACAGCAGCCAAACAGCGCCUGGCUGAGACUCAGGAAGAACUGUCAGCUGAAGUGACUGAGAAGGCUAAUGCUGUGCAUGAGUUAGCUGAACAGAUAGGUCAAAAACUAGCUCGAGCAGAAGCACUCGGAGAGGAGGGCAUGGUGGAAGAAAGUGUCAAACUCAUGGGAGAGAUUGAUGAGCUACGCAAAAAGAAGGCAGUAGCUGAACAAGAAUACCGCAAUUCUAUGCCGGCCUCCUCGUAUCAACAACAAAAACUACGAGUUUGUGAAGUGUGCUCUGCAUACUUGGGUAUACACGACAAUGACAGACGUUUAGCGGAUCAUUUUGGAGGCAAACUUCAUUUGGGCUUUAUUACCAUUCGUGAGAAACUAGCUGAAUUGAAGAAAACUGUAGACAAGCGACGUGAGGAGCGUGGUGCUUCAGAGCGUGAACGCUCAGGGGGUCGUCGGCAUUACGUCGGCGGCCGCGAGUUGGAUCGGCGAGCACGACGCCACCGCGAGUCGGCGAGGGACCGCGACCGCAACAAGGAAGACCGCGACCGUGACCGUAAGGACAGGGACCGUAGAGAUGGUGACAGAGACCGUGACCGCAGACGCAGUCGGUCACGGAGCAGAAGCAAGCGCGACGGCUCCCGCGAACGCUCUCGUGGUCGCGACAGGGAUCGUGAACGCGAACGUGACUCGCGCCGCAGCCGCUCACAUCGUUCCUCUUCAAAAGAACGCAGGCGGGAUUAGCAACAGAACCUACUACACACAAUCAUCUAGGAAUAUUAUUAUAAUAAUUAAUAGUUUACUUCCUAUCUCAAACCUA